UAUAAGCCAUUACUGAAUUCAACUUUGGUUAUAGCUUUACAGUUUUAAAAGCUAUUUGGGAUUGCACCUAGAGUGAAACAUUUGCAAGUACUGCUUCCAACUAUUGUUGGUAAAUUGCUUUUUGAUUGGCUGAAAAAAAACCAACAACCAAUGGUGACAUGGUAUCUGAAGCUGACCAAUGUGCCGGUGCUGACACCAUUUGUUUCUUGUAUCAAAUAGGAAGUCAGACAGCAAAAGCUACUCAUUUGCAUACGCUCCCUAUAAAUACUAGGGCAGCUGUGCUAUCAGUAUGUUAUUGUUCUUGAGUUAUACUGCGAACGCAAACUGCUACCAUGCCAGAGCCGGCAAAAUCUGCCCCUGCCCCUAAAAAGGGUUCUAAGAAAGCUGUGACCAAGACUCAGAAGAAAGGGGAUAAGAAAAGGAGAAAGACGAGGAAGGAGAGUUACUCUAUCUACGUGUACAAGGUAUUGAAGCAAGUUCAUCCUGACACCGGUAUCUCCUCUAAAGCCAUGGGGAUCAUGAACUCCUUUGUAAACGACAUCUUCGAACGUAUCGCUGGGGAAGCGUCUCGCCUGGCUCAUUACAACAAGCGCUCAACCAUCACUUCUCGGGAGAUCCAGACCGCUGUGCGCCUGCUUUUGCCGGGGGAGCUGGCCAAACAUGCGGUGUCUGAGGGCACCAAGGCUGUCACCAAGUACACUAGUUCCAAGUAAACUUUCAAAACUUUUUUUUCAGCUAUAACCCAAAGGCUCUUUUAAGAGCCACUCA